GUGACGAGUGUGGUUGUGAGUUUAUGGAACACUGCGUAUGAUGUUAACUGAUUCUUAAUUUCAUAUUCUUCAUUUAUAUUUUUCCAAGCUUUGUUCUGACGAAAAUUGUUCACGAUGUCGGUGGGAGUGACAGGCGUGGACAUCUCGUUCAGCAUGCAGCAUGGCUUGGUCCGGGAUCAGAUCACCAUCAACUCUUCUCGCCUCACUCUCAAAACUCUCAAGGAUGAAGCCUGUAACUUCAUCAACACUAAGUUCGCUGACCACGGCCUGACGAAACUGAACGAGCGGCUGCUGCUGUUCCGCCACGUCUACGACACACCAAACAUCCUGCAGAUGAUCAACUCUGCUGCUGAGGUCGAACAAGACUCGCUCGUCGAGAUAGUCAUGUCUGGACUGGUGCCCCCUAAUGACGAAGAAGUGAUCAGACCUCACUUCCUCUCCGUGCACUCCUACAAGACUCCCACCUUCUGCGACUUCUGCGGUGAACUGCUCUUCGGGCUCGUGCGCCAAGGCCUCAAGUGUGAUGGAUGUUGGCUCAACUUCCACAAGCGCUGUGCCUUCAAGAUCCCCAACAACUGCAGCUAUGCGAGGCAGCGGCGGUCCUCCUUCGCUGUCCCGCCCCCACCAGGCACGCUAUCCCCUAAGGUGGAGAACAGCAUGAACAAGUCGCCCGACGGCUCAAUGGUAUCCCUGGUGGCGGCCACAGCCAGCCUCGACACGAGCGAGUCUACUUCGCUGGGGACGCAGUCGACCUCUUCACCCAGUCUGCCCAAGAGCCCCCGCGGUAGCAUCGCCUCCAGCGCCGGCCGUCCCAUCUGGGUCGAGCGAGAGCUCGCCGGCCGCAUCAAGGUUCCCCACACGUUCAGUCUUCACUCGUACACCAAACCCACGGUGUGCCACUACUGCAAGAAACUUCUUAAAGGUCUGUUCAAGCAAGGCUACCAGUGCAAGGACUGCCGCUACAACGCGCACAGAAAAUGCAUGGAGAGACUCCCACCCAACUGCCUGGGCGAGGCUCCUGACUCGGCUGGGCUGCCGGUUGGUAGUGAUGACGACGACGGUGGUGAGGGCACCACCAGCGGCUACCACUACGACAGCGGCGACAAUGACGAGGACUGCCCCCCCUCCCCCGCACCCCCACGCCCCGCCCCAUCUGAUCCUGGUGAGAACUGGGUGGUGAAGGAGGGCUGGAUGGUGCACUUCACCAACAAGAACCCUGAGCGCAAACGUCACUACUGGCGGUUGGACACUAAGACCAUCACGCUCUACCAGAACGACUCGACAGCAACUUAUUACAAGGAAGCACCUAAUUAGUGAUUAAAUAAUCAAGCAUAAAACUAACUAACGCUCUUCACAGAUGCGGAGAACGGAGUGAUCCAUUGUUUCGAGUUACGCACGACAAACCUGGACUUCUUCGUGGGUCAGGAAUCAUACCCGCGGCUGCGAGACGGCGGAGUGCAAGAGGUCAACCCGCCUGAGUCUGGACUAGGGGCUUACCUUGCGCGGCCCCCGUCCAACGGCGCUGCUUCUGCCGCGCCCUCCGCAGCCCCGGCACCCUCCCCGGCAGCGCCUCCCGUGUGCUCGGUGGUGGUCACGUCUCCUGCUGGGGCUCAGGUCUCGCCUUCAGAACCUGCACCUCCUAAACCUAACGAACUCGCCAUCCUGCAGAGCAUCCGUCACCAGAGCGUGGUGAGCGUGGAGCGCAUGUUCGAGACACCAGACCGGGUGUUGGUGGUCAUGGAGAAGCUACAGGGCGACAUGCUCGAGCUCAUCCUCAGCAGCGAGAAGGCGAGACUCAGCGAGCGCGUCACCAAGUAUCUCAUCUUCCAGAUUUUAGCAGCUCUCCGCUACCUGCACAGCAAGAACAUCGUCCAUUGCGAUCUCAAGCCCGAGAACGUGCUGCUGUCCGAUCACUCGGAUUUCCCCCAGGUGAAACUUGGAGACUUUGGAUUCGCUCGUAUCAUCGGCGAGAAAUCAUUCCGCAAGAGCGUUGUCGGAACUCCAGCAUAUCUUGCCCCCGAGGUGCUACGCAACAAAGGCUACAACAGAUCGCUGGACAUGUGGAGCGUCGGUGUGGUAACGUACGUGUCGCUCUCUGGCACCUUCCCCUUCAACGAAGACGAGGACAUCAACGAUCAGAUCACCAACGCUGCCUUCAUGUAUCCUCCCAACCCAUGGAAGGAAAUCACGCCUGAAGCGAUCGACUUGAUCACGAACCUGCUGCAAGUGAACAAACGCAAGCGCCUGACUGUAGAGAAGACGUUCCAGCAUCCCUGGAUGCUCGACUAUCAACUGUACUGCGACGCGCGUCUCCUGGAACUGCGCGUUGGUUGUACGGAUGAGAACCGUUUCCUAGUGCACGUUGUUGACGACGCUGGAUACGAGAGCCUUAGGAAACCCCACCAGCCAACUCUAGCGUCUCUAAUUCAGCUUCAGCAGUCAACCGCGCGGCAAAACGGAAACCGCAAUAACAACAACACAAACAAAAGUCCUUCUCAUUCCUGAUGGAACGACAACAAUGGCAAACGACAUCGCCAUUCGGAAAUUCUAUGCUAAUUUUUAUUAGCGUCUCAGAUUUUUCUCUGGUAUGCAUUAGUAAAGAAAAUUGGAGUUCGAUCUCCAACUUUCUUGACUACCGAUCGUCCUUCGAUCGUGAAAAUUUUACAGUUUUUCCAUGGUUUGAUUUGCUAAAAAGUAACAUCGUUCAAGAAAUCCUUGACUAUAUUGAGCCUAGUAUCAAUCGCCUAGUAUCAAUUCUUGGUGAGGAACAGGAGUCAGUCUCGUGUGUAAAUAUCUAUGUUUAUUUAAUGAAUCAAAUCUUGAAUGAAGUCUAAUAUCAUCUCUUUGUAGGAGGUUGAUGAUUCUGCCUUCGCUGUCAAAUUUGAACAAAAGAUAUGUGAAACUAUCCUUUCCGAUUCCCAUCUACGAUUCGAAAUUUCCUAUUCAUUUCUUUUGUAAGUUUUACUCAUGCGUAUCAUUUCCCUGUUACACGUUUAUAUUUACUUUGCAAAGGUGCCGUGCUAAGAGGCACCGGGAACGUAACGUAUUCCCGACAUUGACAUACGAGUUUGUACUAUUUGCCAAAAUCAGUCCUUCAUUAGAGCACCCUCUUUGCCGCACAAUUCUUUGUUGAAAAUAUUCAGCGGGUUAUAGGUCGCCUUUGAAUGUACAUUCAAAGGCGUUGUAUUCAAAGGCAUUGUACUAUCUUUGCUCAGUCAUCCCUGAUUAUUGUUUUAUAUAGCAUAAUUUCCAAAAAAUUUAUUUGUUUUUCGUUGCGUUAGGAUCGUUUUUACCGAGCUUCAGCCGACCGCAAGUCUCAGUAAAUGAUCAAUGAAGCUAAGCUUUUUCCCUCUGAGAGAAUUUUUGUGUCCUCUAUACAUCGGUAAUUAGUUUUAACCACAGUAUUCCUCUUCGUGAAACGAGAGUGCUGUUUUUAACUCACAAAAUUUAUUAUCGGCAAUAAGCUUCGCUUGAAUUUUCUUCAUUUAAUUUUUUCAUCAUGUCUUUUAUUGCGCGAAUUCAUUUCUUAAUUUAGUACUUUUAUUGAGCCUUGCUUCUAAGUUGAUGUAUUAUACCUAAUGAUUUCUAUUACUACAAUACCUGAAUUUGCGACAAAUUAGGUACCGGUAGCGGGAUUAAAAGUUAUACCUGAAUUCCAUCAGAGCUGACUCCAAUGAACUAUAUUGUAUGGGAAAGAAGUGUGAUUGAUAAAUCUUAUUUUGCUCUUAACCACCGUGAACUUGGUCUGUUAGAUGCAACUUCGGAAUUUCCCAUCGUCGAUUUCUUCUCCGAACCCACAACCCGAUAGCGCGAAAAGUAUGGGUAACAUGUGUGAACAUUGCCUCCCAUUGUCACCCAUUGCGCCCCCAAUCUAUGAAUACAUUAGUGUGUGCUAGACGUCCUUGGCUGUGAUCCCAUACAUUUUCUUCGUGUCUUCGUGAAAAUACAUUUUCUUCGUGCCUGUAGUUUGCAUCUCUGGUUGUGCUCACUGUCGAUCUCUCUCUAAACACUCUGGAACUUUGUCGCUACUUCAACUUAAGAUCACCACUCCAGUAGUAUGUCCCUCGUUGCAUCGUCUACUUAGGUCUCACCUUGGCUCUGAACUAAUGAUACUUGAAAAAAUUCACCGCCUCAAUAAAUGUUUGCGUGUGUAUUUUUGCCUUUUGCGUCAACGAUAGCUUUUAGCUCCACUAUACUAGAUGCCCGUAUAUGAACGUACUUAAAAAUCCAAAAGGUGAUACCGUUUCUAGAAUAUCUACACUUUCUAAAUCUUUUCUUACUUUCAUGACUGUACUUGCCUCUUCAGCACGCGAAUAUUUUUCCCCGGUGCUGCGUGUUCGUUUAACCUGAAGUGCGUUGAACCACAUUGCCUAUAAAAAUGGUUGCACUUUAACAUAAUGUCUACGUUACAGCGUUCCUGAGUUAGUUGGGAGUCCAAUGUUUCAAUUGCAUGAAUAUAUUUGAUUAAAAAGUUCUCUGGAUAUGGAGAACUAGUUCUUAAAAUCAGUCAACAAAGCAUAAUGCUUUGCUACAUCUGUUACUUCUUGACCUAAACUCAUCAUUUCCCUCGUUGUAAUGUUGAUAUUGUCAGUGCAUUUUACUGAACUUCAGUGCAUUUAUCCCGUUAGACUCGCACAUCAUAAGUUGUAUCGUAACUGUAAGAACUGGGGAUAAUAAAUCAGUUUAUUGCUCGGUGGUUGUGGACUACGUGGCAUGAAGUGAGCUGACACUGACAAUAAACUAUAAUUGUGCCCUCUGCCUCUACCCUAGACCUCUCUGAAGUCUUUUAUAUGGUCUAUUUGUGUAGGUAGUUUUCCUAAGCUGUGUAUAAACAUGUUGGAGAAUUCAGGAACUCUAGUUGAAGCAAGAUUUUAUUAAUAUUCGAAACUCACUGCAGUUUCACGCUUGAAAACUGUAAUGAAAAAUUACAACUCUGCUUGAAUAACAUUUACACGUUCAAUUACGACCUACAAGAGAUCCUUGGUCUUAACAAGAGUCAUCGUGCGAUCUGCUUAAUUGUGUUUUACCGUUGCAUUGGGACUCUGCAUCGUCUAUGAUUCAUGCUUCCAAUUGCAUUCUCAUUCAUUUUCUUACGACAGAUGUUUUUAAUAUUAGACAUUUAAGAACUUUGUGUCAAAUUUACAUCUCAUUUAAUCAACGAAGGAACAAUUUAAGUCUCCUCGCUUCUAACGAAACUGCCGUAUUACACGCGAGCGAACAUCAUCUGUUUUUUUUAUCUUGUGCAUUUUAUUCACAUCUGUGUUUUAUUAUUAUUCGUCUUAGUGUCAGUGCCAGUCUGUAUUCCGUCAAUUAAUGUUAUUAAUGGCUCAUUCUGUUUGCUGUAUGUUCUCUUAAUUGGCUGUUGUGAUUUGUGGAUGAUUCCUUUAGAUUUAUUAGUGGAAACUCUCAUUGUUGUCUCUUUGGUUACAAUUUUUGAGUAAAAAUUUUAUGUAACUCGAGCCACUGGCCUAAAAAUUUUUUUAAUUGUGAAAUCGAUUUUCUUUUUCAAUUACCUACACUUAUGGUUCGUUAGGGGCAGUGAAAAUCUGUAACACAAGUAGACACAAGAAACAGAAGCUUGAAAUUAAACCUAACCGUGAAGUGACUAUUCUUGCUUGCAUUCCUGUAACACGUUGCAAAAUACGAUGCUUUUUUGGCUACAUUUUCCCUAUUUUAGUAGAUGUUAACCACAAAAUAGACUAUGUUCUUCUAUUAUUAACCGGUUAGAGAAGAAGUACUAAUGUUUACAUUUUAAUAAAUCUCUUGACAUCAGAUCCGAGACUAUAGUUCACUGAAAAAGCCAUGUUUCACUAGCAUAUGAAAGCUUUUUGCUAAAGCUUCAUUGAUGCUUCCUUUCUGCCCACAUUCACUAACCAGUUUAGGCCUAUGGGAUUGUUAUUCAGUUUUCGUAUUGCGGUGAUAUUGUC